AUGAAAUGUCAAAUCUCGAAAUCCUAUAAUAAAAUUUCAGAUGUUUUCUCUCGAAAUCAAAUUAAGCAUGCAGUUGAAGGGUUGAACACAUACAAACAAAGGAUUAAAUUAAUUGAUCAUAUAAUAGAUAGAAGGGAAUAAAUUGAAAAAUCUGAAGAUAUUGCAAAGUUGUAAUAAUAUGCACACAUCUUUAAAAAAAUGUUAAAUAAAUACAAAAAAAAGAAAAGUGAUCAAUAAUAAGAAUAAAAAUAAUAGAGAUUGGAAAUGGUUAUGCAAUUACUUAGUGGAGAAAAAAAUAAAAAACCUGAAAUUAAGAAAGAGUCUAGAGCUGUUCUUAGAUAUUGUUAGAUUGGUAACAAAUUACAUCAAAUAAUAAAUAAGAGUGUAAAUACACAAUCUACAAAGGCUGAUGAUACUAAAAUAUAAGAAUAUUCAUAACCUAAAUCUAGAAAAAUAUCUAGAUUUUUUACUGAGAAGGAUCCCAUGCAAGCAGAAUCUUAAAUAGAGAGAGAAGUUUGUGUAUUUCUAGAAAAAAAUAAAGAGCUCAAUUAUUUAUAGAAAGAGAGGUUCUUGAGACUUACCAAUGAUAAUAAAAAAUUUCGAUAUUUAGAAAACUAAAUAAAAUAAUAAUUAAAAUAAUAAGAAUAUCAAUAGUAAUAAACAGCAGUAAAAGUAAAUUAAUAAUUUUAUUGUAGUAAUAUUAUAAGGUUUAAAAUCUAUUCCAUAAAAACUACUAUAAAGGAGCUUCAAUUAAAAUAAUUAAAUCAUAAAAAACAUAACCAUUAUAAAUAGAAACAGAUUAUUGUUAUACAGAAAGAUAAAGAUUUUAAGAACCAGAAUCUUUUGCUUCUUAUACAGAAUUAAAGUUAAAUUAAUUGUAUACUGAUUCAAUUGAUAUUCAAAAAUCAUUAAGAUAAAAAAAUCAAUCUUGUCCAAAUAAUCUACUUUAAACAUAUUUGAUUAACACUAAUACUGAUAUUAUUGAUGUUUGUAAUUAAAAACUAUUUUAAACAAAAAAAUAACAAAAAUGA